ACGUCUUCUUCAGUUUAGUGCCCACUACCGAUGCGUUAAGUCUUUCGUCGUUGCGGCAAAAUGUUUCACACUUUCGAUUCGUUCAAUAAAAUUUGGGUCCCGAGACAUCCGGCACCGGUGAUCGAUCCAAAAGUUAGUCUGGGUCAACUGAUUCUGAACGCCUUGGCACGCCAUGGAGAAAAGAUACUGCAGCUUGAUACGGACACUGGGGCGGAGAUGAGCGCUCACGAGAUGAGACUGCGGGCGAUUCGGGUGGCUCAGAAUUUGGCAACAUUGGGAUUCAGGAAAGGAGUUCCCGCUGCGUUGGCUUGCAGCAACGGUGAAAACCUAACCCCAGUGGCCUUGGGACUGAUGAUCGCCGGAAUUCCGUUCAUAACACUUCCGGUUGGUUUCAACGCAGCAGACCUAAGUCACCUGCUCGGGUUGGUUCAGCCGGCCUUGAUCAUCUGUGAUGAUUCGAUGUACAAAACUAUGCUGGAUGCUGCCGGGAUGUCACUGACCAUGAAACCAGUCAUCUUUGCCGUCGAAAGUGAGCGGGAGAGUAUUCGAAGGGUGGAGGAACUUCUUGCGGAAACUGGCAACGAGGGUGAAUUCAUACCUCCAGAACUCGGUUUGAUGCGAACGGAAAUAGCGGUCAUUCUAUGCACCUCGGGAACAACUGGACCUCCGAAAGGGGUCAGCGUAUCGCAGGCUCACGUAGCUGUUGUCCUUGAUCCACCGGUCAAAAGACAAUGUGACGAUCUCAACUUUAACUUCAGUCCACUGUAUUGGGGCACUGGAUUGUUCGCAAUGCUUAACUCGCUUUCGACCGGGACGACCCGAGCCAUCACUCGGAGUGCUUUCAACGAAGACGUUUUCUUCGACGUCAUGGAGCGUUACAAGCCGACGCACUUCUUCACGCCGCCUCCACACGCUGUUCUGCUGAUGACGCAUCCCCGCUUCGAAAAGGCGAAUUUUGAGUCACUCAAAAGCUGGAGUUUGACCGGUAGUUCAGUGCCUCCGAAACUGAGAAAAGAUCUGGCAGCGCGCCUUCCGAAUGGGAAAGUUACUAACAGCUACGCUACCACCGAACUUGGACUCAUUGCAAUGGAUUUUGGUGUCAAAAACCCGGACGCAGUAGGCGUUCUGAUGCCACACAUGAGCGCCAAAGUUGUCAAGGAAGAUACCAACGGCUUAGCAGGCGUUGGAGAAGUUGGAGAAAUUCUCAUCCGAACUUCGUUACCAUUUUUGGGUUACUUCGACAACGAGGAAGCCACCCGACAGAUAAUCGAUGGCGAUGGAUGGGUUCGAACCGGAGACAUCGGCUACUUGGAUGAUGAAGCCUUUGUUUAUCUGGUCGGUCGAAAGAAGGACGUCAUCAAACACCGUGGAUUUCAGCUUUCGCCGGAGGAUUUGGAGGCGAUCAUAGAAAAGCUCGACGGUGUAGCCCAGGUGUGCGUCAUUGGGCUGCCGGAAAUGGAGGGUACGUCUGAUUUGCCGGCGGCUGUUGUGGUUCUGCGAAAAGGUAGUUCUCUGACGGAGCAGAACAUCGUUGAGGCGGUCGAGAAACAGGUUUCGGACCAUAAACGGCUGCGGGGCGGUGUCUACUUCUGGGAAGCAUUACCGAUGACCCAGACCGGGAAAAUUUUGCGACGGGUAGUGAAGCAGCAGCUUGUUGAUUCGUUGCAGAAGUGAUUAAGUACUGGUUGAUAAUCUUUUCGUUUCUGUAAAAUCUAUUUACCUGUUUAAAUUCCCU